ACGUCGCGUCCCCAGAGGCCGGCCCUCCGUCGGAGGGUUUCCAGCCUCCAGGAAAGGAGCGGGGGCUGGGAGGGGAGGGGAGAGGGUCUGUAACUGGCAUGAGCGGCGGCGUCGCCGUGCCUGUGCCACGCGUGUCGCCGGUUGGAGAGCUCCGCCUGGAUGGUUUCACUCCGCGGAGGCGCCGCCCUGCCACUCAGUUAGAAACCUCAGAGCCAUAUUCAACUCUCCCCUCCUCUGCAGCCCCACUGCCACAACCCUGCUUUUCUCCUCCUCACGUCCACCCUCCUCGCCCCCCCUCCCCCGUCUCCUGGCCGGUUUCCUUUUCUGCAGUUUGCCGCCUCCAAGCCGCCCUGCGCUCCCUGCCCGUGUCUGACAAAGACUCUGCUCCCUUACUGAACACCACAGUGCCCGCCACGGGCUGCCACUCAAGGUCACAUCCGCACGACCACCCCCUGCAGCCUACCUGCCAGUGUCAUCUCUGGUCACCCCUCUCUCCCAGGAUCCAGCCUCCUCAUCGUGCUUCCGCACCUGCGGUUCAUUCCCUGGGCCAAGAAUGUCCCUCCUAAUUCUUUGUUCAUCCUUAGAGACCCUGAUAAAUGUCACCACAGGAGUGGAACCUUUCCCUGCCCCACCCCAGACUUAGUCUCUCCACAACAGCUGGCACAUCCCCUUGUCCAACAUUACACUUGUCCCUACACACAGCUGCCUCCUCUACCAGACUCUGAGCUGCUGGAGGGUGUGGCCUGGCUCUUGUUCUUCUCCUCAUCCCCACACACACACAAGGCCUGGCACAGAGCAGCCAUCAGCAAUAAAUAAACAGCAUUUAAAAAAAUAAGUAAGUGGAAGACCAAAAGAACUGGGUAGUUGCUGGGUAUGCGGAAGGGGCUGGACUGUUGAGCAUUCAUCUGAGGCUUCUCGGAGGCCACACUGGGCAGGGUUAGAUGGAGGGUCAAUAGAUUUGGUGCAGCGAGAGGGCCUCAGGGAAGCACCAGAGUGACCUGUGAUGUUAAUUUAACAAACACAGAACAACGUCUAUUGUCAGGCCUCAUACUGGGCACAGGGACCUCGGCCAGCACUCAAAUUGCAUUCCCUGCAGGAAAGCCAGUGUAGGCGGUGCCAAAACAGAGUGCCAAGUGUCACACGGUAAGGGUACCAGUUUCUUCCUGAGCCAUGACCAGAGCCAUUCCCAGAUAAAUGAGGUUUCCUGGAAGGAUGUUACCAGUGCCUUAUCUCUGACCAAUAUGGUGCUGGGGCUCUUCUCCAUCAUCUUCAGCUUCAGCAGAGUCUCCAGUGGAAACUGCAAAAGUGCUUCCCUGUUUGGGCUUGCUGGCCUGCACUUUAGGAAACGCCACUAUGCCUCCUGGAUGCUCCUGGUCAGCUUCCUGUUGGACGUGGCAGUCAGGGCAAUGACCAGCCACAUCAACAUCUGCUCCAAAUUGGGAGCUGAGCUGAAUGACUUUGCCGUCUUCACCACCUUCGGCUUGGCCUCCGCUCUGCUCCUAGGCGUGGAUGGACUUCUGAGUGGGAUCCUGGCCAUCAUCUAUGUGUCAGCUGCUUCUUUCCACUUGUCCUUUUAUUCAUCUGGAGUCCCCUCCAUAUACAAGGGUCUACCCUGCCCCUAUGCUUCCUGCAUCUUGGCUUCCACCUCCCUUCUGACCAAAGGCAACAGGUUCAUCCUCUGCUGCAUGGCCUCACUCAUGAUUCUCUUCAUGAUGGACCAGAGCUACUAUCCAUAUGACAAAAUCCUGGAGUCUGAGAACUGGAAAAAAUUGGUUUAUAUAGGAGGUGUCAUCAUGCUGUUUUUCUCCCCAUUGUCUCUGUCUGCUUUUUACUGCCUGAUGUGGUCGCUCUCGUACAUCUUCUUUCCAGAUGCUCUGUGGGGCAAGGCAGCCUGUCUUUCGCCACAGCACUGAGGAAGCUAAACAGCUCUACCAGCUCCUGCCGGCCUCUGUGGGGUUUGUGUCAGCAUAUUGGGUCAAGCCUGCACUAAAGCGUUGUAUGUGCCUGUGUUCUCAUAUACUAGAUAUAUGGUAUGUCUGUUGCCAUGAAGUGAGCAAACCAAAGUAGGGUCAAUGACCUUCACAUCUUUCUCUUUAUUCAGGGUUCUGACUCCCUUGCGGACAAUACUUGUUUAUGUCACGUAGAACAGAAUAUCCCCCUGCCUCAAGCUCAGUGUGGGCUGGGUUUGGGUUCCAGCUCCGUUACCAGCUGGGUGACUGUGUGCUACUAAGGUCCAUCCCUUGGAAAGGAGUGAGAGCCUUCAGAACUGGUAUUGGCCUCGGCCUCAGCCCUGCCUGGUGGGGCUUCCUGAAGCAUUUCUUACUCUUGCAGACUCUGGCUCUGAGAGUAGAGCUAAUCACAGGACUCUCUUGUUGCCCAGUUUGAAUGUGUGUAGGAUUUUGUAACUUAAACAUUCUGUAUUUUAAUAGUUCAAAGCUGCUGCCUUUUGCUUUUGUUUAGCAGUUAGAGACAUUGGUGACACAGGGCAUCAUCGGGCUUGCAGGAUCUCGUGUGGAUUUUCUUUCCUACACUGGAAACUACUAAACCCUAGCUAUUCAGAUGCCACUUCAUAUUCUAAAAUCCAAAUCAAAUAGAAAUAAACAGUACUGCAUGGCAAAGUUGUACCUUACCGAGAACUCAGGUCCACUGAGCCCCCAGUGUAGACAGACAUUCCACCUCCCAGAUCGUGGAAAAAAGGAUUGAUGGCUGGUUCUGCUCCCCGCUCAGAGACUGUGCCAGAACACCUUCUACCCUGGAUAUAACUUUUUUAAGUUUCCAGAAUAAUGUAUGUGGUAAAUAUACAUCUAUUCUCAAAUUAGAUGUUUAAAAAUAAAAACCCAAAGUAAGAUUUGGCUGUAACAGAAUAGAUAGUGCCCUCCUGUUAAAUCAUUCAUAUGUUCCUAGUUAGAUGGAUUUGCCUGUGUCCCAUGACUUUAUAUCUCCUUCAGUUUAGGUUUUGUAUUUUUGCUAUCUGCCAUAGUGCCUGGCACUCAGAAAUGUUCACUUUGUAUAUGAAUUGAUUUAGUUGUGGAUUCUAGUAAGUUACAUACAAGGUUACUACAAUGUGGUAAGAAUUUUACAAAUAUACAUGGGCUUAGACAUUUCAAUAUGAUGUCCUUCAGUGCUGUACAUUCAUUUCAGUGUAGUGCUGUACAUUCAUUUCAGUGUGAUGCUCCCCUUAAAGCAUUUUAGGAACUCCAAUUUGAAAAUGAUCUUCACAUAAAUUCUUAAGGACCAAGCAGCUGUAACAAUGCCUGAAUAAAUAGGUGCUCAACACCACCACCACCAAAAAGCGAAAAACAUGUUUUAUUCUGAACUGACUAAAUUUUUUCCAAAAACCUAACAUUUGAGAUUAGCCAAUUAUAUCCUAUUAUUAAAUCAAAUUAGGUAUCAUAUUUGGACUCAAAUGACUUGUGGCUGUUUCUAAAAUUUGAAACUAUGUUAAAAGGAAAAAGAUGCAAUUCUGAAAGAGAAUUUCCAUGUCCAUUUUAAGUGACAGCAGCAGAGUUAAAUAUACAGACCCCCAGGAGGACAGCUUUGAAAAGUAAAAUACCCAAUUGGAUGUGUAAAUUAUGGCUUGAUUGUAACGGCAAUAAUUCAUACUUAAUUGCCUCCAGUUUUUUUUGUAAGUUAAUGACACUAGGAUAGUUAUAGGUCAACUGACAGCUGGUUAACAGAGGGAUCUGUGCUUCCUUGCACCUCUCUGAGAGUAUGGUUAUACUUCUAUAUGGGCUUGAGGGUCUCAGAUACUAAGGCUACUCAUUCAAUGCCUUCACUUCCUCAGAUAGUGGUUUUCUAAAAUAGAAUGUCUCUUCUUGGGCUUCCUCUUAGGAACAAGGGAGAAGGCCAAGACUUUAAAAUCUGCACUUCUCAAAUGAAUACAUGAAGCCAGUGGGGUUUAGGCAGUUCUCUUUGUCCUAAACUUGAGAGAGUGUAGAUUUCCCUCCUGGUCAACUUCUAGUCCCUUCUUCCUAACCUGAAGUCCUACUUCUGUGUCUGGUAAGCAGAAUCAAGUGACUGGGAAUUCUGCUACUCUUUUAGCCCUGACCUUGAAUAAAACGUUUAAUCUCUCUAA